AUGGCGCCACGGCGGCCCAAGGGCACGGGCAGGAAGAAGAUCGAGAUCCGGCCCAUCGAGAGCAAAGAGGCGCGGCAGGUAUGCUUCUCCAAGCGCCGCGUGGGGCUCUUCAAGAAGGCGAUCGAGCUGGCGACAAUUUGCGACGCCAAGGUGGGCGCUGUCGCCUUCUCCCCGGGCGACAACGUCUUCACCUUCGGCCACCCCUCCGUCGACUCCGUCCUCGACCGUUUCUACUCUUCGGAGAUGCAGGCCGCGGAAGCGGAGGCGGCGGGCGACGGCGGCGGCGACCUGAACCAGGCGCUGGCGGAUCUGAACCAGGCGCAGGACGUGCUGCGCGAGCGGCUGGAAGCGGAGAAGGCGCAGAGGGACUCCGCGGAGGAGGUCGUAGCGAAGGCGCGCGCCGAGGGGUGCCAAACGACGGCGUGGCUCGACCGCUACGUGAUCCAGAUGGGGGAGGAGGACCUGGGUCCCUUCGCGGCCGUGCUGGCUAAGGUUCAAGCUGCCGCGGCGGCGCGAGCCGGCCAGGUUCUUCAGCAGGCGCUAUUCACCCACCUCACCGUGCAGGGCGGUGGCGGUGGCUUUGAGUUCGGUGGCACCAGCAGCGGGAUGCAGAUGGAGAUGGAAACGGAGACGAUCAACAAGCUUCACAUGAUAAUGGCACCGCCGCCGCCGCUUCCUGGGUACGCCCCCGGAAUGGAGAGGACGCCUCAGGGGUUUGGGCCGGAUGGCUUCCCCCAGUGA